AUGAGCAGAGUUAGGCAGCUCCACAAUCACAUCUGGAAUAAUCAGAACUAUCAAGUGAAAUCGGUGAUGGACUGGUUACUCGCAACUCCGCAGUUGUACAGCGCGUUCUCCUCUUUGGGCUGCUUGGAAGGGGAUACCUAUGUGGUCAACCCGAAUGCAUUGGCCAUUCUGGAGGAGAUCAACUACAAGCUCACCUAUGAGGACCAGACGCUGCGCACCUUUCGACGGGCCAUUGGCUUUGGCCAGAAUGUAAGGUCGGAUCUUAUACCGCUGCUGGAGAAUGCCAAGGAUGAUGCGGUCCUGGAGUCGGUCAUCCGCAUACUGGUCAACCUGACGGUGCCGGUGGAGUGCCUGUUCUCCGUGGACGUGAUGUACCGCACGGACGUGGGUCGCCACACCAUUUUCGAGCUGAACAAGCUGCUGUACACCAGCAAGGAAGCAUUCACGGAGGCCAAGAGCACCAAGAGCGUGGUGGAGUACAUGAAACACAUCCUGGAAUCGGACCCAAAGCUGUCGCCGCACAAAUGCGAUCAAAUCAACAACUGUCUGCUGCUGCUGCGAAAUAUCCUGCACAUUCCGGAGACGCAUGCCCAAUGCGUGAUGCCCAUGAUGCAGUCGAUGCCGCAUGGCAUCUCCAUGCAGAACACGAUUCUGUGGAACCUCUUCAUCCAGAGCAUCGACAAAUUACUCCUGUAUCUGAUGACCUGUCCGCAGAGAGCCUUUUGGGGAGUGACCAUGGUGCAACUGAUUGCUCUGAUCUACAAGGAUCAGCAUGUGAGCACUCUGCAAAAGCUGCUUAGCCUCUGGUUCGAAGCCUCUCUGUCGGAGAGCUCUGAGGAUAACGAGAGUAAUACCUCGCCCCCCAAGCAGGGCAGUGGCGAUUCCAGCCCCAUGCUCACCUCCGACCCCACCUCCGAUUCCUCGGACAACGGCAGCAAUGGCCGUGGCAUGGGCGGUGGCAUGCGGGAGGGCACAGCGGCCACGUUGCAGGAGGUGAGCCGCAAGGGUCAGGAGUACCAGAACGCCAUGGCCAGAGUGCCAGCCGACAAGGCCGAUGGCUCCGAGGAGGCCAGCGAUGUGACGGGGAACGACAGCGAACAGCCAGGAUCUCCGGAGCAAUCGCAGCCCAAUCGCAGCGAGUCCAUGGAUGAUGGCGACUACGAGGAGCAGAGGCACAGCCAGCUAAACGAGAACGGAGAACGGGAUAAAGAUGAGGAUGAAGUGGAGGAAGAGGAGUACCUACAAUUGGCCCCGCCGUCGGAGCCGCUAAACUUAACCCAACAACCAGCUGACAAGGUCAACAACACUACCACCCCCACGUCCAGCCCACCGCAGGGCUGCCUGGGCAAUGAGCCCUUCAAGCCGCCACCUCCUCUGCCAGUCAGAGCCUCCACCUCGGCACACGCCCAAAUGCAGCAGUCCUACGCGAACCACGUGACUGCGGUCAAGUUGGGCCAAAAGUCGCCCCAUGCCGGCCAACUGCAGCUGACCAAGGGCAAGUGCUGUCCCCAGAAGCGGGAAUGCCCCUCCUCGCAGUCGGAGCUAUCGGAUUGCGGCUAUGGCACCCAGGUGGAAAAUCAGGAAUCCAUUUCCACCUCCAGCAACGACGACGAUGGGCCGCAGGGCAAGCCGCAGCACCAAAAGCCGCCGUGCAACACGAAACCACGGAAUAAACCACGGACGACUAUGUCGCCAAUGGACAAAAAGGAGCUGAGACGCAAAAAACUGGUCAAGCGCAGCAAAAGCAGCCUCAUCAACAUGAAGGGUCUGGUGCAGCACACGCCCACCGACGAUGACAUAUCCAAUCUGCUGAAGGAGUUCACCGUGGACUUCCUGCUCAAGGGCUACAGCUAUCUGGUGGAGGAGCUGCACAUGCAACUGCUAUCCAAUGCGAAGGUGCCCAUUGAUACGUCGCACUUCUUCUGGCUGGUCACCUACUUCCUGAAGUUUGCCGCCCAACUGGAGCUGGAUAUGGAGCACAUCGACACCAUACUCACCUACGAUGUCCUGAGCUACUUGACCUACGAGGGCGUGUCCCUCUGUGAGCAACUGGAACUGAAUGCCCGGCAGGAGGGCAGUGAUCUGAAGCCCUAUCUGAGGCGGAUGCACUUGGUGGUGACGGCCAUCAGGGAGUUCCUCCAGGCCAUCGACACGUACAGCAAAGUGACCCACUUGAACGAGGACGACAAGGCCCAUUUGAGGCAGCUGCAGCUGCAGAUCAGCGAAAUGUCCGAUCUGCGGUGCCUCUUUGUGCUGCUGCUGAGGCGCUUCAAUCCCAGCAUCCAUUCCAAGCAGUAUCUCCAGGACCUGGUGGUCACCAAUCACAUACUCCUGCUCAUUCUGGACAGCUCGGCCAAACUUGGUGGCGGUCAAUCCAUUCGCCUGUCGGAGCACAUUACCCAGUUUGCCACGCUGGAGGUGAUGCACUACUAUGGCAUCCUGUUGGAGGACUUUAACAACAACGGAGAGUUCGUCAAUGACUGCAUCUUCACCAUGAUGCAUCACAUAGGUGGCGAUCUGGGCCAGAUUGGGGUUCUCUUUCAACCAAUUAUUUUGAAAACCUAUUCAAGAAUUUGGGAAGCGGACUAUGAACUGUGCGAUGACUGGUCUGAUCUCAUCGAGUAUGUGAUUCACAAGUUCAUGAAUACUCCUCCGAAGUCGCCACUCACCAUUCCCACUACUUCAUUGACGGAAAUGACGAAAACACACAACCAGGAGCAUACCGUUUGCUCUUGGUCGCAGGAGGAGAUGGACACCCUGUAUUGGUAUUAUGUGCAGAGCAAGAAGAACAACGACGUUGUGGGCAAGAUAGUGAAGCUCUUUAGCAACAACGGCAACAAGCUGAAAACCCGGAUUUCUAUUAUCCAACAACUUUUGCAACAGGAUAUUAUAACCUUGUUGGAGUACGAUGACCUGAUGAAGUUCGAGGAUGCGGAGUAUCAGAGAACUCUGCUGACCACUCCCACUUCCGGCACCACAGAGUCCGGAAUCGAGAUUAAGGAGUGCGCCUACGGCAAACCCUCAGACGAUGUGCAGAUCCUGCUUGACCUGAUCAUCAAGGAGAACAAGGCGCAGCACCUGCUGUGGCUGCAGAGGAUCCUCAUCGAGUGCUGCUUCGUCAAGCUGACCCUGCGGAGUGGUCUCAAGGCGUCGGAGGGGGGCGAGCACAUCAUGGAGCCGGUGGCCUACCACUGCAUCUGCAAACAGAAGUCCAUUCCGGUGGUGCAGUGGAACAACGAGCAAUCCACCACGAUGCUGUAUCAGCCGUUUGUGUUGCUGCUCCACAAGCUGGGCAUCCAGCUGCCGGCGGACGCGGGCUCGAUCUUUGCCAGAAUUCCGGACUACUGGACGCCGGAGACCAUGUAUGGGUUGGCCAAGAAGCUGGGACCGCUGGACAAACUCAACCUCAAGUUCGACGCCAGCGAGCUGGAGGAUGCGACGACGACGAGCCCGUCGCGCUACCAUCACACCGGGCCACGCAACUCGCUCAGCUCGGUGAGCAGCCUGGACGUGGACCUCGGCGAGCCCGAGGAGCUGGCCCUCAUACCCGAGGUGGACGCGGCCGUGGAGAAGGCCCAUGCCAUGGCAUCCACGCCAUCGCCCAGCGAGAUCUUCGCGGUGCCCAAGACGAAGCACUGCAACUCGAUCAUCAGAUAUACACCCGAUCCCACGCCUCCAGUGCCCAACUGGCUGCAGUUGGUCAUGCGCAGCAAAUGCAAUCAGCGCACAGGUCCGGCUGGUGAUCCCAGCGAUUGCGUGGGCCCCACUUCCACAAUCGUGGAGGAUGAGGGAUUGGGCAAGUCCAUCAGUGCAGCCACUUCGCAGGCGGCGAGCACCUCCAUGAGCACGGUGAAUCCCACCACCACCUUGAGCCUGAACAUGCUGAACACCUUCAUGGGCAGCCAAAACGAGAACAGCAGCAGUUCCGGCUGCGGGGGCACCGUGUCCUCCCUGUCCAUGGUGGCUCUGAUGAGCACUGGCGCCGCGGGCGGAGGCGGUGGCGUUGGCGUUGGUGGUGGCUGUGGUGGUGGCACCUCCGGACUGGACAUGGAUGCGGAUGCCACCAUGAAGACGUCGUUUGAGCGGCUGGAGGGCAACGGAUCGCACUUCUCGCGGGCCAACAACCUGGACCAGGAGUACAGUGCCAUGGUGGCAUCCGUGUACGAAAGGGAGAAGGAACUAAACAGCGACAAUGUCUCUUUGGCCUCGGACCUGACCAGAAUGUAUGUGAGCGAUGAGGACGAUCGACUCGAGCGAACCGAGUUCCGGGUGCCCCACUAUCACUGAGGAUCCAUAGCCAAUCCCAAUCCCCCAAUUCGAUCGGAUAUCCGAGUUUUGAGUGAGGCCCACCAGCUGGAAAUUACUGUACUGUACCUUAAUCAAUCAAAUCAAGUAACAUUUUAAUUGUAAUCAUAACCCCCGGCACAAGGAUUGUACAUUUAAUGACCUCUAAAUGCAAAAGUAUACCUGAUUAAUUAGCAUAUAUACGCAUAACGUAAAUUACGCGGUUAACAAAAAAGUCGCAGCAGAAAGUGAAGAAAAGUGCAUUAUUUGGUGUAAUGAGUGUGAGGCUCUGCAGACUGUAUGCCUAACCUAGCCCAUUAGAUACUUAAUGUUUAAGUUAACCUUAGUUUCCAAUCGUAUUCGGUAUACUUACCACAUACACAAACACAAACAAACACACACACACAUGUAAAUGGGCAGUUCCUGGUUAAAAUAGUGCAAAUAUACACAGAUAAAUCUAUUUACACGAUUAAGAAAGAAGAGCGGCCGGUGUCCAAAGUCCAUAUGUAUGUAUAUCCUUAGUCAUAAGUUAUGCUUAGCAGUAAUAAAGCUUUCCCUGUAGCCAAAAGCCACAAA